UUAGGCACUUUUGAAAAGAAAUCAGGAUUUGACCUCAACUCCUGCAGAACAAACAGCUGUUUUAAAUCUUGUAACAAAAAUUCAGACUGUUCUAGAUAAUCUUGCAUUAUCUCCUGGCAAUUUUGAUGCUUGCCAGAUCGAAGAAGUUCGUCAAGUUGGCUCUUUCAAAAAAGGAACUAUGAUGAUAGGAAAUGCUGUAGCUGAUAUUGUUACAAUCUUGAAAACUCUUCCUACAGUUGAGGCUGUUCAAGCUCUUGGAAAUAAAGUCCUGGAUGAAGUUAAGCAAGUUGAUCCAAAUGAAGUUCUGUAUCAUGUAGGCAUUGAAGGUGGCUUUGAAAUCGGUUCUCCUGAAGCAUCAGUGAAAUGCCUUAUUACUACAGUACCUCAAAACUUAAGAAAACUUGACCCAGAACUGCAUUUGGAUCAGAAGAUACUUCAGCAUCACUUAGCAGCAAUACGUCAUGCUCGUUGGUUUGAGGAAAAUGCUCAUCAUUCAAGUAUUAAAGUUUUGAUCAGACUUUUCAAGGAUCUCAGAAAUCGAUUUGAAGGUUUUCAACCUUUAAAUCCUUGGAUUCUAGAUUUGUUGGCUCAUUAUGCCAUUAAUCAUCAUCCCAGUCGCCAACCAUUGGGUCUUAAUAUUGCAUAUAAACGAUGCUUGCAGUUACUAGCUGGAGGUCUGUUUCUUCCUGGAUCUGCUGGAAUACCUGAUCCAUGUGAAGGAGGAACUGUUCGAGUACAUACUUCGAUGUCUCUGGAACAGCAGGACCUUGUAUGUUUGACAGCCCAAACUUUGUUAAGAGUUAUGGCCCAUGGAGGAUAUAAACAAGUAUUAGGUUUGGAAAUCCUUCCAAAUCUUGCCACCGAAAUGAGUGUAUGGGAUGGAGUUGUUGUGUCUCCACUCAGUAAGGCUUACGAAAAGCCAGCUGACAAAAAAGAGGAGGAAACUUCUGAGGAUAUGGAACAAGAGCAUGAAGACACUAUGGAAACUCAGGAAUCCACUUAAGGAAAUUUAAUGUGGUCAUAAUUUUAUUUUAAGCACACUAUCUUGCUGUAUAUAUGAACUUUAGUGACAUGCAAUGUGCAUUGAAUAAAUAUUUAUAAUAUGCA